CAGUGUGCUUCACUGUAACCACACUGCUUUGGAUGGCUGUACUGUGCACAGCCAUCCAAAGCAGUGUGCCUGAGCUGACAGGGAGGAGAACUGUUAGUAAAUAAAACAGCACACAGUUACCCUUUGAUUGCCCUAGAUGUUUUUAACCCCUUCCCAGCCAGUGUUAUUGAUACAAUGACAGUGUAUAUUGUUAGCACUGAUCACUGUUUUAGUGUCACUGGUUCCCACAAAGUAUCAGUUUGUUCCAGACAGUCCAACGCAAUAUCACAGUCCUGCUAUAAUUCACUG